UAGAUUCUAAAAGGAGGUUUGCGUCGAAGUGGAAGGAAUAGAGGCAGAAUCGAGGUACAGGUGGUGGGAGAUGCGGACCAUACCGUUGGGGCUGACUAUCACGGCUACACCAUCUUCUUCCAACCUUUCUUCUUCAUCAACCAUUAAAUCCUCUUUCUCUCUCUCCUCCAACAAUCUCCGAUUUUCUUCUCCUUUUGCCAAAUCUGCAGGGGCUUGCCAAGCAAGUCAAGUUGUGGAUUUGUUUCCAACUGUUUCCCCUGAGAUAGUUGUUCGAGAGGCCAGGCUUGAGGACUCUUGGGAAGUGGCUGAAACACAUUGUAGUUCCUUCUUUCCCGAGUAUGCAUUUCCGUUAGACUUUGUCUUGAGGAUUGACAGACUAAUAGCAAUGAUCUUUGGGUUGACUGUGCCUCAUGGUUGCAAAAGAACUUGCUUGGUUGCAGUUAUUGGCAGCUCUGAAAAUGACUCUUAUUAUUUAAGGAGUGAAGAUCUCAUAUUUGGAGGUAAUGAUGGCAAAUUCAGUCUGAACAGAGGUUCUAUUGCUGGAAUUUUAACUGUAGAUACUGUUGCUGAUUUCCUACCAAGGAAAGGACCACUGCGGCAGAGAAGGACGGGAAUAGCAUACGUUUCAAAUGUUGCAGUUAGGGAAAAGUAUCGACGGAAGGGGAUAGCUAAAAGGCUCGUAGCUAAGGCAGAGGCUCAAGCCCGGAGCUGGGGCUGCCGUUCUGUUGCACUUCAUUGUGAUUUGAAGAAUCCAGGGGCUACAAAGUUGUACAGAAACCAGGGUUUUAAAUGCAUUAAAGUGCCUGCGGGAGCAAAUUGGCCCCAACCCAAGACCUCUCCAGAUAUGCAGUUUACCUUUAUGAUGAAGCUCAUAAGGGAUAAUGUAUAAGAGUCUCCCCAUUUAAGACCUCUAUUGUAUAUGUGCUGACUGUUCAGUAGAUUUCGUUCCUUGUAGAUACACCGCUGCCCUCUGGCGGUGUUCAUGUAUGAUUAGUUAUGGAAAGUUACUCUUUCCAUGUCAGUUCUUAUAGAUCUGUGAACGUUUCGUUUCUUUAGUCUUGUAUAUGAACGAGUUACUCGGGGAAUAAAGUACUCCGGGAAUAUAUUACUUCAUUGUUGAAUGUCA